AAUCGACACAGUCUAUACUCUGAUUGACCGUUCUUCACUCAAUUCGAACAUUCGCCAUGUCUCUGAGACGAUCUUCUGCUGCGGCACAGAAUGCUGCUAUCAAAGCGCGUUCGUCCGCUGUCGCUGAACAAAUCGCAGGACAGGAGAGCUGGUUUGAGAAGAAACUCAAGCCAAGGAAAGUCAACGCUCGAUACCCAAUCAAAGGCUCUAUGUUGCUCUAUGCCACAUGCGGCUUUGGAAGUUUGGGGGAUGCGCUCUUUGGGUACAAUUCGGGUAUCAUGUCCGGCCUGCUCGUAAAUCCGGUUUUCAUCCGCCGGUUUUACAGUGACUACGGCGGUGCUGACGGUACUACGGCUUCUAUCAAUCCUUCGAUCACCGGCAUCAGUGUUUCAUGCCUGCAACUCACGGCUGCUCUAGGCGCCCUUCUUGCAGGAUGGCUCGGCGACAUCAUCGGACGAAAGAAGUGUGUCCGCAUUGGUGGAUUCAUCUACUUCUUCAGCGCUUUCAUUCAAAUGUUCGCCCCUGGAUUCGCUACCUUCGUCGCUGGCCGCACGAUUCAAGGUCUAGGUGUCGGUUUCCUAUCCAUGACGGUACCCAUCAUCCAGACUGAGAUUGCAGCUCCCCACGCAAGGGGGCUUAUGGUCGGCAUCGAGUACACUUUCCUCAUUGCUGGAUAUAUGUUGUCAUGCUGGGUCGACUAUGGUUUCCAUUUCAUGCUUCCGGCUGAGAUGUCUUGGCAAGGUCCAUUCAUCAUCCAGAUCAUCUUGUCUUUCAUCUUGGUCGUCAUGUCAUUCUUCCUCCCAGAAACACCUCGUUGGCUAGCCAAAAAUGGAUUUAUGCAGGAGAGUCUUCAGACUGUCGCAGACCUACAUUCUAACGGCGAUACUGAAGCGGUUCAUGUUCAGCAAGUUUUCUUGGAGAUCCAGGAAGCAGUCGUGUACGAAACGAACCUAGGAAAGUCCACUUGGACAGAAAUGUUCACUCGCUACCGCAAGCGCACCAUUGUUGGCAUCACCGUGCAGAUGUUCGCUCAACUCAACGGAAUCAACAUCAUCUCGUUCUAUCUUCCUAGUACGCUCAGCGCUGCCGGCUUUGACGACCGCAAAUCUCUGCUUUAUACCGCCGCAAACGCCCUUCCGUAUACAGCUGCAACAGUCGCGACUUGGUGGCUCGCCGAUCGAUGGGGUCGAAAGCCUCUCAUGAUUCUUGGAGGCGUGUUGAUGGCCAUCCUGUUGGGGGUGGUCUGUGCGUUCACCGAAGCCGACAUGGCAGUCCACACCAAGGCCAAUGGCCAGUAUGCCUUCGUCAUGCUCUACAAUAUCGUCUACGGCUUCACAUGGGGGCCAGUUCCGUGGUUGGUGCCUGCAGAAUGCUUCCCAUUGCGAGGCCGGAGCAAGGGCAUGGCGCUCUCGACGACUAGCAACUGGAUAUUUAACUUCAUCAUUGGCAUGGUAUCACCUGAUGCUUUUGCUGGAAUCGGCGGUUACUUCUACCUUGUCAUUGCGGGCUUCUGUCUUUUCUCGGCUGGUCUUGCGCAUUUCUACUACGUCGAGACAGCGGGUCAUACUCUGGAAGAGAUUUCAGUGGCCUUUGGUGAUAAAGCGUUUGCGGAUAGUGACGAGGAGAUCAUGGAAACUGCUACGAUCGGCGAUGAAAAGGCGCGUACCAAUGUCUGAGAAUAUCAAACUGAAUACGAACACGCAGCAAUACAUCUUGGAAAAGCCUGGGAGAUCAUUCAAGUGUGAGAAGGAAUGUUCGGAGUCGAUUUGCCUGCGUGGCCCCCACAACAUGUGCAGUAAAUCUGUCGUUUUCAAAGCUAUUAUGCAAUACAUUUGAAUUUGAAUCGAUCACUUGCUAUUGUCACUGUUCACUUUCAAUAUAGAGCAGAUACAUUCUUGUAUAUCAACG